GGUCAGGAUAGGGCUCGGAGGCGUAGUCGACAAGAACACCCUCAUGGCGACAACAUCCGGGGCCUCGCUAGCCGUUCGACACGUGUGGAUCAGCAUGUAUUCUGGAUUAACAGGCGGCGACUGGAAAAUCAAUUGCACGUAUAAUGAAACAUCCACUUCAACAAAACCAGAUGUGACAACGUCAGCGGCGAUACCAACACCUACAACACAGAGUGUGACGACGGCAAAUAUUCCCAUCUCAUCGGAUCAUUUGACUACCAGCAGAACGCCUGAUACGACUGAGUCUACGAUGAAAGGGCCUAGAACAUCACUGGACCUGACGACGACAGAAACAUCAUUGGACCUGACGACGACAAAAACAUCACUGGACCUGACAACGACGGAAACAUCACUGGAACUGACGACGACAAAAACAUCACAGGACCUGACAACGACGGAAACAUCACUGGAACUGACGACGACAAAAACAUCACAGGACCUGACAACGACGGAAACAUCACUGGAACUGACGACGACAAAAACAUCACUGGACCUGACGACGACAAAAACAUCACAGGACCUGACAACGACAGAAACAUCACUGGACCUGACAACGACAGAAACAUCACUGGACCUGACAACGACAAAAACAUCACUAGACCUGACGACGACAAAAACAUCACUAGACCUGACGACGACAAAAACAUCACAGGACCUGACAACGACGGAAACAUCACUGGAACUGACGACGACAAAUGUGAACACGACUCUUUGGAAAACGGCAAAAACCAAUUAUCACAUCUCUGCUGAAACAUCAACUUCCGGUGAAGGGUCCGACAUCAGUAAAAGUACGUCUACCUCUACAAGAGUGUCUGUUACUUUUGUAACAGAUACUAGCAUGCAGGAAACAACUUCAACACCUUCCAGCCCUCCCAGAUGUGUUUGCGAGCAGGUCAGAAUAAAGUACAUGAUGAAAGCAUGGGAAAUCGUGGAGGAACUGACCCUCAAAGAACAGACGUCAGCCGAACGUCGUCGCCUGAAGAGCGCCAGCGAUAACCGAAGGUCAGCACAGUUCCUGGGGCUGACGGCUGUGGCAGUGCUCGUGACGGUUACUUUGGUAGUGGUCGUCCCUGAUCUCAUCGCUCUGUUCGUCUGGACGGCCGUGAAGUUACAGUUAGUCAAAAACUUUGGAAAGGACUCAAGACCUCUCGCUGAUUCUGACACGACGGGAAGUGAUUAGGAAAGCGCGCGGCAGAACGGAUUGCCGCAUGUCAAUCCGUUGUACUAACUUUUGCAGUGUUUUUCAAAUCUGCUGAAAGUUAAAUCAUAUAAAACCUCCUUGUGUUUCUCAUAACUCAAUUUACGAUCUCUAGAACUAUUUCAGCUUAAACACUUGAGAAAAAGAAAUUAUAUACAGGGUUGAAUGCUAAUCCCUCUAUGCUGUAAGAACUAUGCAAAAAUUUGUUCUCGAUGCAAAGAGGUCAACAACGUAGACGUCAAGAUAGUGGGUGGAUACUUUGAUGUAAAUGUCUCAGCUAGACACAGGGCUAGAAACGUGUUAAUCAGGCACCAUCAGCAUUUAGGCCUCUUUCUGUCCAUGACGAUUUUUGUAGACGUCUAUCUCGAUAGUAGAAACAUAUGUACCUGGAUUUGGGGAAAUAGUAUACUGCAAUCAGCUUCGCCCAAUAAUUAGGGAAAAAUAAAAAUUAAACAUCAAUUCACUUCUCUAAACUCAUAUAUGCACUCCCAGAAGCAUGCAAACACAAAAAUUCCACAAAAAACAAAUCACAUGUAUGCAAAUAAACUAUAUGAUAUCUUAAAAUGUCAAUGAAACAGAAAAAAAUGCAGAUAAUGUGAAAAAUCAUUAAAACGUAUGUCUAAAUUAUUUAUCACAUAUGACAAAAUGUAAAAUUUUAGAGAUCACUGGGCACACACAGGGUAAUACUUCUAAAUCUGCUAUUACAAUAAUUCAAACAUUAAGAGAAUUCAUCGUUCGAAAUAUAUGCUCCAAUAUUUAGAGCCAUACAUGAUUUCCUAUAACCCCUAUCUAAAUAUUUUUUUAAAAAUU